AAAUGUUACAUUUGGCUGAAAGGUUUCCUUAGGUUAUGUGCUAUCUGCGGCUUGACUGGAAUUACUUUGAUUUCUUUUAUUUUAAAUGAGAGAAAGCAUGCCGCCAGCAAAUAUGAUCAUCCUACUCGUUUGAUUGAAUUCCUCAACUUUUCUUAUUACCUAAACUAUAUUCUGAGAAAUAAAUUAUUUUCAGUCUUGCGACCCUGACUUGCUUGUGGCUUUGAAACGGUUUGGCCACUUAGGCUCUUAGUGACUUUGAAUUAGAAUUGAUGGGAAUUGAAAUGAAAUGGGAAUUGGGAAAUGAAAUGAGAAAUGAAAUGAAAUGGGAAUUGAUUCCAAUAAGGUUUUUAUUCCAACAGACAGAGUAGGUAGCCACCAUGACCAAGAUCGAGACUUCGGGCGACCAGAAGCCCCGCGCUGGCGAGGCGAAAAUUGUCAUCACCGUUCCCGCCGCGACCGUCGAAGAACGCUCCACCAUGGCAUGGCUCUUUCAAAGCCUCACGGAGAACUACUUUUACGAACUGCUUUUAUGGAGUUGCAUAAUUUUUUGGGUAUUAAUGAUCCUCGUAAUGGCCUCGUCAGUUAAUAUCAACUAUCCCCAAAUUAUGGUUUUCAUCAACAACUUCUUCAAUUCCUCCCAACCUCAAAAUUCCUCGCAACCAGCAUCGUUCAUAACCGAAACCCGAAAAAUACCGUAUGCGUUAUCAGAUGAAUUCAUUCAACGUAUCAACGAAAAGACCGAUCAUUGGGAGGCUGGUCGCAACUUCCCCACCUCGACGUCCAUGCGCGUGCUCAGGAAGAUGAUGGGGGUCAAGGAGGAAAGUCAAUUUCAAGGCUCCUCUGCCCUCCAACUCCCAUUGAAAGUCUCCAGCGGUAAUUUCUCCGACCUCCCUGCCGAGUUCGACGCGCGGCUACAAUGGCCGGACUGUCCAUCACUGAGGGAGAUCCGCGACCAGGGAGGCUGCGGCUCGUGCUGGGCUUUUGGUGCUGUGGAAACGAUGACCGAUCGUCACUGCAUUGCCUACAAGACGCAGUUCCACUAUUCUGCCGAAGAUCUCCUUUCUUGCUGCACUGACUGUGGUGACGGAUGUGAUGGAGGUUGGCCACAAAUAGCCUUCACGUUCUGGCUAGACGAAGGCAUCGUUUCCGGUGGAAAUUUCGAAUCUAAGUCGGGAUGCCAACCUUAUGUGGUGCCUGCCUGCGAACACCACGUUGAUGGCCCCAGACCAAACUGUAAUGAUAUCGAUUUCAACACUCCACAGUGCGUCCGGUCGUGCAUCCCGGAAUACAAUUCGUUGUAUGCUGAUGACAAACACUCCGCCAGUAAAGUUUAUCGGCUGUUCUCAGAGGAUGAAAUUCUCAAUGAUCUUGUUGAACACGGGCCUCUGGAAGCUUCAUUCGAUGUCUACGAAGACUUUUUGCACUACAAAUCAGGCGUUUACCACCAUGUUUCUGGAGACCUGUUAGGUGGGCAUGCUGUUAAGGUUAUCGGAUACGGAGUGGAAAAUGACAUCCCUUACUACCUCUGCUCCAACUCCUGGAACACCGACUGGGGUGAUAAUGGCUUCUUCAAAAUCAAAAGAGAUGAAAUGGACAGUGUAAUGUACACUGGCAUCCCUAAGCAAGUUCCAUCCGCCUAAGUUUGGCUCUUUGCGCCCAACAGAUCUCAUUUUCAGUCUGGACAAUUGAAAAACGUUGUCUCCCCGAGAGGAUAGAUACUUGUUAACGUCUAUUUUAUUUUAUAUCUCUGGACACUGCACAGAGAUAUUGUUGAGGGUGGUAGGACUGCUGACUAACAACGCAUGUGAUUAUUUGUGUAAAAAUAAAUUAAAUAAACGAGAA